AUGUCUAAUAGACCGGUGAGCGCGACGACGAGACAGGAGGCAGAGAUGAUCAACAAGGCCCAAAGGGCCCUGCAUACUGCCGAAGAUUCGAUCGACAAACUUCGGCUGCUUUGUUUGGCCAGGGGAGCUGGGGGAAUCCUCGGACUUGCGAGGACAUUUCGGCGCAUGGACGAGGACGGUAACAAACAGCUGAGCAAAGAAGAAUUGAUUGAAGGGUUUGAAGCUAUGGGCUUUGAAUUUGAGGAAGAAGAAGUUGAUGAAAUUAUUUCCAAGUUGGACACUGAUGAAAGUGGGACGAUUGAUUUGACUGAGUUUAUCACUGCUAUAAGACCUCCGAUGUCUGAGAGCCGAAUAAAACUAGUAGAGCAGGCGUUUCAAAAACUCGAUAAGACUGGUGACGGUGAAAUAACAGUCGCUGAUCUCCGCGGGGUUUACAAUGUCAAAUGUCAUCCGAGAUAUAUAAGCGGCGAGGAGAGCGAGGAGAGUAUUUUGAACAAAUUUUUGGGAAAUUUCGAGCAAGAGAACAGCAAAGACGGCAUUGUUACAAUGGAAGAAUUUAUGAAUUAUUACAGCGCAAUAAGUGCUAGUAUUGAUCACGACGCAUACUUCGAUCUCAUGAUUCGCAAUGCUUACAAAUUAUAA